GCCCUCCUCCCUCUGUUCCCUUGCAACUCUGGUAUGUUUGCACAUCGAGUGUUUGUGUAGCAACUGAAAAGGAGGAGGAGGAAGAGAAACUAUACAGGCCACAUGAAGCCACUGCCUCCAUUGACAUCAGAUCAUGACAUGUCACUUCCUUGUGAAGACGCACGCAUGCAAUUCAAGAAAAACGAGUUUGGAGACAUUUCUGCUAAGUCAACCUCCCUCCUGUCUUUCUGUCUACCUCUCUCUCUCUUUUGUGUUUAUAUAAAUCCUGGCAGUAUCUCCCGAUGGUUUAAUUGACUUCUUCCCAGCGGAUCAUGGACUAUGCUCAGUCUUUCUCAGCCCUCAACGAGAGGCUGAGACCUCAAAUAACAAAAAGUGAACAGCUCUCCUCUCCUCUGAACAGGCUGGAGGAGAAACAGCUGAACCUGUCGCACAGGAGCAAAUCCUCAUCUUGUCGACCCACAGUUCUGCCAACAGAGCUCAAACCAAAAGACUCUGUGGCCACAACAGAACCAGAAGAUCCAGAGGAACCUGAAGACAACUAUGAGCAGGAAGAUUUGGUCUCCGAUGAAGAAAAUUGUGCCGAUCGGUCAAACGACUCAUGUCUCAUCACUGAGUUCAGUUUAAAAGAUUUAAAAAAAGAGGAGCCGGUUGAUGAUACCAGAAACACAUGCUCGCCUGAGGAGAAACAAAAUCCAGGUGAGCCGAUCUCAAAGGGGACAGGUGAUUCCUCAGAGUCAGACGCUGUGGACGGUGAAGGUGGCAGUUCCUUUCAGAAGAGCUACAUGAACUGGACUUUACCAGACCUGAUCAACAGUGGCAGGCCGCUAAACCGGCGUCGGACAUUGGGACAAGUCUCAGACACGCUCAAAGAAGUGCGCAGAGAAGUGGAGCUGUCUCGGAGACGAAGCAUCAGGCUUAAGGCACAGGUGGACAAACUGCAGGAGAGCAGUGAGGGACCGGGAUGGAGCCAACACAGAGAGAAGGUCACAGAGGAGGUUCUGUCCAUACUGGGGCUACUGCGCCCGCUGACAAAGUUACAGUACAGUCUACCUGAACCCUCUGAUGGUGUAAACCGCCUGGACGCUUCCCUGAGCCAGCUGCAGAAUGUGGCCCGCGAACUGGCUAUUAGUCACACCAAACAGUUUAAAUCUGGAGAAAGAGCAGAGGACAGUGCUGUUCUGCAGCAGGCGUUACGGGACAGAGAUGGGGCCAUAGAGAAGAAGAAGGCAAUGGAGGCCGAGCUGCUGCGGAGUAAAACGGAGAUGAUGUUGCUAAACAACCAGCUGCUGGAGGCUGUACAGAAACGUCUGGAGCUGGCAGUGGAGCUCGACACCUGGAAGGAGGACGUCCGGCUGAUCAUCCACCAGCAGCUGCAGAGUCAGCAGCAGGCCGAGCAGGCCCAGAAGAAGCCCUCCCGCCUGGGCAUCCUGAGGAGAACCCACAAACUGCCCAUCCAACGGCCAACCAACUUCCCUUUGUCCACACCUGCACCUCCCACCACCAACUCCAACCAAAUCUUUAUCCCCAGAGCGGUUGUUUCCCCUGCUCCCAGCACGCUUCCUUCCACUGGCACCCAACGCAACUGGAGGGAAAAACUGAGGUGGCCCAAGACCGGUCGUCAAGGAGACGAGGAUGCAGCGGGGCAGGAGUUGGAGGGCAGGGGUGACAACAGCUUCCAGGUCGUAUCCCUCGAUUGAAACAGUAAUCGUUUUGCACUGAGUACUUACAUUAUGAUGCACAACGCUCAUGUCUAACAAUUUAAAGUCCCCCUCCAGUCAUUACAGUUUUUUCCUUAUUGUUGCUUUGGUUUGCAUGGUUUGUGACAUCACAGCUAGUAGCCAAUCGUGGUCCAGCAUGCAACUUACACAGGUGUGUUGUGGAGACACGGAGAAUGGACUUUUCAUCUAGAGUCCAGCCGUUAAAUCUCCGAAAUGAACAAUAUUUACAUAUUUAUAUAUUGUUUUUUCCAAUGUGGAAGGAGUAAAUGUAAUUUUGAAGGAUAUAUAAUCUCUUUGUGGAUCAUAUCAUACAAAUCAUUAUUCCAAGCAGAUAAUAUUUCUUGUCUUAAAAACAUAUCUGGCGGGGAAAUUGUAUGUAUUCUUGGGAAAACAUGCUUUCAGAGGUCUACGCUCUAAGUGUCCUUCUAAUUUAGUACUGUAACACUUGAAUGCCUGAAUAAUGUCAUGUUGUCAAUACGUCUAAUUCUUAUGCAAAAGCACCUUCAAACCUC